GUUGCAGCCUGCAGCGAGCGGGACUGUGAGAGCCCAUGAACCAGGCGGGAGCGGGCAAGGGGGCGGCCAGGCGGUGCUGCGGUAGGCUCGACCUGUACCUGCGGAAGGCGGCCGGAGCAGCGGCGCACCUGAGCGCCCUGGCCAUCAGCGUCUACGUGGGAGUGCUCAGCCGCCUGGGAACCAGUCGUUUCUCCUGGCACCCAGCCUGCAUGUCUGUGGCAGUCUGCUUUUGUAUGACUGAAGCCAUUCUGACUUUCUCGAAGGACAGCUCCCCAUUUUUCUGUUGCACGGUGCCAGCUAAGGUGCGACUACACUGGGUCAUGCAAGUCCUUGCCACGAUCUUUGGCUCGAUUGGCCUCGUUUCCAUUGUUUCCAGCAAGAACAUCUCGGAGUCUCCGCACCUCACCUCCUGGCACAGUGUCCUGGGUAUCGGCACUGCCAUUGCUGUGGGCGGUCAGUUGCUUUGCGGCCUCUGCCUUCUGUUUCCAAAGUUGAUCAAUACCUACUCCGUGGCUAGGCUGCGGCUUUACCAUGCCACAUGCGGUCUACUGGCUUACCUGAUGGCAAUGGCCACAGUCAUGCUGGGAUUAUGCUCUGACUGGUUCACAUCCCAGGUUAACACAGUUGUGUGGUACUUGUGUAUAAUCACUCUGCUGAUUCCAGCUCUUGUUAUCAUGAACCAAGUCAAUAGUGGUUACCUGUCCAAGAAGAAAAUAGAAGUUUAAUAUUGGAUCAACUUCAAUGUGCACAUUUCUCAACUACCCAGGAAGUAUAAGCUUGAAAGUCAAAUUAAAUUGCAGUGAUUGAUUGAGCUGGGCAAAUGGAAUAUCUUUGAACUAAACCAGCUGUAAGAAACCUUUUAGUGUUCCUAUUUCCUUCUCCCCCACUCUAUCCACUUUAUUUUGUGCUGACAAAGUAAUGUUUUCCUUUGACACAUUGCGUGUUGUUUGUUGCCUGUGGGCUCUCCUUGGGAUGUGAAGUAUAUGCUGUAAUAGGAAUUAAAGUUCUUAAUGGAUGCAUAUUGUUAUCAAAUAACAAGAUGUUAAUGUGUACUUCUGGAAUGUGUAAAUGAACACAGCAAGAGACAUGAGACAUCAUGUCAAUGGAGACAUCAUGUAAAUCAGGGCAAUGAGAUGCCAGUUAUUUUUACAGAUGAAGCCUUAUAAGAUUUGAAGAUUUACAAGGUUUUUCCCUAACUAGUCUGAAGAAGGGUCUCGACCCGAAACGUCACCCAUUCCUUCUCUCCAGAGAUGCUGUCUGUUACUCUAGCAUUUUGUGUCUAUCUUCGGCUUAAACCAGCAUCUGCCGUUCCUUCUUACCCAACUCCGCAGACUUGGCCUCCAGCCCUAUAGUGUUGAGCACAGGGCAGAGAGAAAAUCAUUUGCCAAAUAACAUCCCAGCUGGUCAUGGAAUCAGUUGACUGCCUGUGGAAUCAUUUUAAAAUAAUUGAAAAUGCGUUCCUUCCAAAUGGUAUUUAUUUUUUAUAUUUGUGCAUCAAUUUAACAGCGACGAUGGAAAUACUUCUGUAUAAUUCCAUUCAAUAUCGGGCACAAUGUUGCAUUAUGUAAACAAUGUAUCUAAAAUAAUUCACGUUUUUAAUUGUUAUCAAGGUCUAAUUGUCCGAUGUUGUAUUUUAUGAGUAUUAUGUGACACAAAUUGUUCAUCUUUUCCCUCUUGUGAUGUAUUUAAAUGCAGCGGCCAUAAUGUUUGUUCUGGUUUUUGAAUCCUUGGCUAAUAAGGCAUAUAUUAUCUUUCUGCGUGACAUUCUGGGAUUUCUGUACAUAAUCGUGCCAAAAAAUUUGUUGGUCAGUUUGAAUUGUAUUUAAUUUUCAAAGUUAUUGGAAUCUUUAAAUCUUUUUUAAAUAAAACCGAGCACGGCCAUCAAACUUA